UAUCAGGAACUGAGAGAAAGGAGAGAAAAGGACAGGGCAGUACUCUUGAACCACCCACUUCUUGUGAGGUGUUACUCACAGAUUCCACACCAGUGCUCCACCACAAAAUCCAUAAGAACUCUAAACAACAAUGAGAGCUAAGGUCCAAGCUCGGCAGUUUCACGAUGCUGAUGCCAUUUCCAGCUCGGAUCUCUCAGACUAUACAUCCUGCCCCAAAGUUCUUUGGAUUGCAUCACUCCCAUGAUUGUAGAUGGUGGGGGGCUAGAAGUAAGGUGGUUUUUUCCCCUCUCUGUGCAAUUGGAGCCGGCAAUGGCGCUCCAUCUGGUGACAAUGUGAAGAAAAGAAAGAUUGCGGAGCAUAUUAUUCUGCUUAGAACCAACCCAAACAUCUCCGAUGCUGAAGAAAAGGACAUGCUUGAUUACUUGUAUACAUGUCAGUAUCAGAUGAGAGGGAUACUUACAGUCUCAUUAGGCCGCAUAGAGGACCCUAAUAGUGAGAACUUCACGCAUGCUGUCUUCAUGCGUUUCCAGCAGAAAGAAGACAUUGCAAAAUUUCAAAGUAGCGCAUACUAUUCCAAAGUUCUCGAUGGCUAUGUGAAACCCGUUUCCUAUGCCUUGGUUUCUGUAGAUUUUGAAUCUGAGGUGGAAGAUGACAUUAUCCCUCUCUUCCGUAGAGGCGAGGAUUUUAACUACGGAGUUGAGUUUAUGUUGUUAAUAUCUUUCUCGGAGACUGCAUCCAAAGAGGCAGUGGAGGAUGCAUUAGCUCACCUUCGGAAUUUGAUCAUACAGUACAGUGCUUUUAUUGUGCAAGCAACCUUAGGUUGCUGUCUUAAUCAUAUCGACAAUCGGUACAGUCAUGCUGCAGUCAUCCGUUUUCCAUCACUUGACGACUUCAAAUUGUUCAAGGGGAGCAUCGAGUACAAGGAUAUGUGGGCAUCGAAGUUUCAUCAGUUCACUACGAGGUCUCUCGACCUGUAUUUCAUCGUUGACCCUGUGGGCAACCAGCUUAUGUAGUUGCGCUUUCGAAAUUAAUGGACUGGACUGCCUCGGCUCGGUAGAGUUUUUAGUUUUUGAAAGGAAGAGAUGUUAAUUCCAAUUAUUCUCUUACAAGUUUGAUGUGUGUGUCACCUCACCAAUAUGCUCCUCCAUGCACUGCUAUGCUUAUAACCGUGUCUAGAUUGGUGAUCAUAUGUGAACUCUUUUCAUGUGACUAACUUCGGAUGAUUUGGAUGAGUUGCUUGGGGCGGAAAA